UCAACUUCCGGUAUAUUUGGUCAUAUGACUUUGUAACUUAACUAUCGCUUGGGUGUCUUUGGUACUGUGUCGUUUACAGUUUCAUUCAUUUAAUUUAAUUUAACGAUGGCGACGCUGGUAGAAAAUCGAAACGUGGAACUCAACGGACCUGAAGCUGCAGCUCGGCAGCACGCACAGGCUGUGAGCAGAAACUACAUCUCACAACCAAGGCUGACAUACUCCACUGUGUCCGGGGUGAAUGGGCCUUUGGUGAUUCUGGAUAAUGUAAAGUUUCCCAGGUAUGCAGAGAUCGUGCACCUGACCUUACCCGAUGGCACCAAGAGAAGUGGCCAGGUGCUGGAGGUGAUCGGCAGCAAGGCGGUCGUGCAGGUGUUUGAGGGGACCUCAGGGAUCGAUGCCAAGAAAACAGCCUGCGAGUUCACAGGUGACAUCCUGCGCACACCUGUGUCAGAGGAUAUGCUGGGGCGUGUCUUCAACGGUUCGGGCAAGCCCAUUGACCGAGGCCCUGUGGUGCUCGCUGAGGACUACUUGGACAUCAUGGGUCAGCCCAUCAACCCCCAGUGCCGUAUCUACCCCGAGGAGAUGAUCCAGACCGGGAUCUCUGCCAUCGACGGGAUGAACAGCAUCGCUCGGGGGCAGAAGAUCCCCAUCUUCUCCGCUGCCGGCCUCCCCCACAACGAGAUCGCAGCGCAGAUCUGUCGUCAAGCUGGGCUGGUGCAGAAAUCCAAGGACGUGAUGGACUACAGCUCCGAGAACUUCGCCAUCGUCUUCGCCGCUAUGGGAGUGAACAUGGAAACUGCCCGUUUCUUCAAGUCUGACUUUGAGGAGAACGGCUCCAUGGACAACGUGUGCCUGUUCCUGAACCUGGCCAAUGAUCCCACUAUUGAACGCAUCAUCACCCCACGCCUGGCUCUCACCACCGCCGAGUAUCUGGCCUACCAGUGCGAGAAGCACGUGCUGGUCAUCCUCACCGAUAUGAGCUCCUACGCCGAAGCCCUGCGAGAGGUGUCGGCGGCUCGAGAGGAGGUCCCGGGCAGACGGGGGUUCCCCGGCUACAUGUACACCGACCUGGCCACCAUCUACGAGCGCGCCGGCCGGGUGGAGGGCCGUAACGGCUCCAUCACGCAGAUCCCCAUCCUCACCAUGCCCAACGACGACAUUACCCAUCCCAUCCCUGACUUGACCGGAUACAUCACAGAGGGCCAGGUGUAUGUGGACCGGCAGCUGCACAACAGACAGAUCUACCCUCCCAUCAACGUGCUGCCCUCUCUGUCUCGACUCAUGAAGUCUGCCAUCGGGGAGGGAAUGACUCGCAAAGACCACGCCGAUGUCUCCAACCAGCUGUACGCCUGCUACGCCAUCGGAAAAGACGUUCAGGCCAUGAAGGCUGUGGUGGGAGAGGAGGCGCUCACCUCAGACGACCUGCUCUACCUGGAGUUCCUGCAGAAGUUUGAGAAGAACUUCAUUGCUCAAGGUCCCUAUGACAACAGGACAGUCUAUGAAACCCUGGACAUCGGCUGGCAGCUGCUCCGAAUCUUCCCCAAAGAGAUGCUGAAACGAAUCCCCCAGAGCACCCUGGCCGAGUUCUACCCGAGGGAGUCCGCUGCCCGCCACUGAAGCAUUCUGGGAAUUCGGCGAACGACCAAAAAGGGGCUCUUCCCCCCCACCCCCCCCCCCCACUAAAGAA